AUGGUUCAUUAUUUUAUUUACGCGAAAGAUUUUUCGGGAUCAACAGAAGGAGUCAAGCAUUAUCACGAAAACGGCUUGAAAACUCUUGAACAGUUCAAAGAGGAUGAGAAAAGAAUCAAAGAAGAAUUAUUGGUUGGUAAAGAGCCUCAGGCACAAUGGGUAACUCUUUACUUGCACUGGGGCGACGUCUGUUGGGAGGUCAAUGAAGAUAUCGUUGGAAUGAAGCAUCAUACUAGUGGCGACGUGACUGAGUUAUCAAAUGUCCAUAUUUGUGAACGAAGAGAUCCAGGGUGUCUUAUACGGCACCUCCGAAAAAACUACAUUAUUCAUGAAAGUGAUCGAAUCAAAUUACUGUACAUCGUCACAAAUGGCAUGAUCAGCCGGGAAAGUAUAGACAAAUGUUUAGAGUUGAAUAAAGGCGUAGAUUAUGAAACGGUUGUGUUUCAUGCAUUCAAUGAAGACCCGGAAAAAAUCGACCUUUCAGUUGCUGCGCCUUUCUUUAAGAGAAAUUGCAUCGUUUAUCGCAAUAACGAACUUUGUGAUAGCACUGAUAUUUCCAAGGAGUUUGAUUACGACAAAAUAAACAGUGACAACUUUGCUGUUGAAAUGCAACAGCUGAUGUCUUAUAUUAAGUUGAAGUUCAUGAAUAAAUUCAAACGAGACGCUGAUGUUUGGAAAGAAAUUGAAAAAUUAGACGGCCUAAGAAAUCGAAUGCUUAUAGAGUUAUCAGAAAAUACACCAAAAUGUCCAUACUUUGACCGAAUGGAAGAAAAGGAAAGACGAGUAUUAAUGCGUACAUUUGACGUAAAUGAGCUCAAGAAUUAUAUAGCUAUGGCCUAUGUGAUGAAGACUGACGUUGAAGAAUAUGUUGCAGAUAUGGUUCACUACAUCAAAGGCAAUAAAAAAUCCUGCUCGUUCGACGUCUUGAAGCUCAAAUCGAAAGUUGAAGAAAAGCAGAUCGAUGAUGAUGAUUUUUCAGACGAUGAAGAAAGUAAUUUUGUCGUGAGGAUUGAUGAAGAAACUGGUAUUGAAAUUUUGUGUUUAAACGCG